AAUGUUCUUUUUAAGAAUACUUACCUCUGUCUUUUGGGGAAUCUGGACUAAAGCUGCCUGUGAUUAUUGACAGAAAUGAAUUUAUCUGUAGAAGCAGUAUGCUGAAAUAAUAGGCUUCUGUGAACAUUUUCCUUUGCUCAGCCUGGACGGUGGUCUUGCGGUUAAUCUGGAAGGAUGCCUUUACUCCUCAAAAGGGCAUUAUAUAUCUCCGUCAGGUGUAAGAUGUCCCACCGUGCUACAUUUCUUUCAUAUCUUUCUCUCCGGACAGAAAUACCUUCUCUACAUCAUGCUGCUCCCUCAAGGAAAUAUUGCUCCAGGACGAACAAGGAUACAGUGGAUAUGUCAUUGUUUCCUGCAGAAAAUAUUAGAAAUUUUAGCAUAGUUGCCCACGUGGAUCAUGGAAAGAGUACGUUAGCAGAUCGGCUGCUGGAAAUAACAGGAGCCAUUGCCAAAACCGGCCAUAAUAAACAGGUGCUGGAUAAACUGCAAGUGGAAUGAGAAAGAGGAAUCACAGUCAAGGCCCAGACGGCUUCCCUUAUUUAUAACCACCAAGGAACGAAUUACCUCUUAAAUCUCAUUGAUACGCCUGGUCACGUGGAUUUUAACUACGAAGUGUCGCGAUCUCUGUCGGCUUGUCAAGGAGUCCUCUUAGUGGUAGAUGCAAAUCAGGGUAUCCAGGCUCAAACUGUGGCUAAUUUUUACCUCGCCUAUGAAGCCCAACUCUCAAUCAUUCCCAUUAUAAAUAAGAUCGACCUCAAGAAUGCAAAUCCAGAGGUGGUGGAAAAUCAAAUUGAGAACACCUUUGACAUUCUCAAAGAGGAUUGCAUUAGAAUUUCAGCUAAACUUGGAACAAAUGUUGAACGAAUACUUCAGGAAGUCAUCGAAAGGAUCCCUCCGCCGGCGGUUAAUAUCCACGAGCCGCUGAAAGCCUUGGUGUUCGAUUCUACUUUCGAUACUUACCGAGGGGUGAUUGCAAACAUCGCCCUGCUGAGUGGAGAAAUUCAUAAAGGACACAAGAUCACAACUGCUCACACGAAGAAGGUUUACGAAGUUCAUGAAAUCGGGAUUUUGACGCCCAACGAGCAGCCAACCCAAAAGCUAUACGCCGGCCAGGUUGGAUACAUGAUCGCUGGGAUGAGAGAGAUUACGGAUGCUCAAAUAGGAGAUACGGUCUAUCUGCAUAACCAACCUGUGGAACCGCUUCCUGGAUUUAAAUCCGCCAAACCCAUGGUCUUCGCAGGAGUGUUUCCAACGGACCAGUCCGAAUAUUCCAACUUGAAAAGCGCCUUAGAAAAACUGACCCUCAAUGACUCAAGUGUUACUGUUCAACGUGACAGCAGCCUGGCUUUGGGAGCUGGGUGGAGAUUGGGGUUCCUUGGCCUUCUACAUAUGGAAGUUUUUAAUCAGCGCUUGGAGCAAGAACACAACGCGUCGGUCAUCUUGACAGCCCCCACCGUUCCGUACAAGGCAAUCCUUUCUUCCCCAAAAUUGAUAAAGGAGCAUAAAAAAGAGGAAAUCACAAUCAUAAACCCUGCAGAGUUUCCCGACAGUUCCGUGGUGAAAGAAUACCUGGAGCCAAUUGUGUUAGGCACCGUGGUCACCCCUAAGGAAUAUAUUGGAGAAAUAUUAGCUCUUUGCCAGAGAGAAAGUCUACUCUGUCGGUAAAUCCAUGUGUGAACGAUUAAGAGACCUUAUCCCCAGGCAAAUGUUUGAAAUAGCUAUCCAGGCAGCUCUCGGAAACAAAAUAAUUGCCAGAGAAACGAUAAAACCUUUUAGGAAAGAUGUUCUGGCAAAAUGUUACGGAGGCGAUAUUACCAGGAAAAUGAAACUUUUGAAGAGGCAAGCCGAAGGGAAGAAGAAUGAGGAGAAUUGGGAACGUGGAGGUGCCAAAGGACGCGUUCAUCAAAGUUCUCAAGAAGCAGCUCGACAAAUAGACGUUGGGCUUCUUGAUGACCCGUUGACCCAGCUGUUUAAAAACUGGAUAUUAUCCUGAACUUGAUCUCAUCUAUCCGUGUAUAGAUUUGACACCAUCCUACUGCAGUUGUUCAAUAAAGCACCAAAGCUGAGGA